UUCAGUGAAAGGCGAGAAGGGGUGCGAUUGGCUGUCGAUUCCGAGAGCAGCCCAGAUCCGCGAUACAAAACCAAAAGAACUGCCCCUCGCAACUACCACUACUCUAUAACAGUGAGGUGGAGAGGCAAAAAAAUAACUGAAAUAUAACCGACUGCCUGAGUACUUUGACACCGACUAGGCUGUAACUCAUCAUUGGUAGCAGCGAGCUUCUGGAAGACAAUCACACUAUUCCGUGCGGCCACUGUGUUCGUAGCGAUUACCCUACACUAUCUUUCCAGGUGGGCUAAUGAAAACUCGCCUGAGAUAGAAGAGCACUUUGGAAACCCACUUUGCUCUAAAGCUUCUGUCGUGACUUGUCAACUCUACUUUCUAUUCGAAGUAUGGCUGGCUGUCAACAUUUAUUCGUCCUUUUUAUCGGAUGGAGCUAUCUAUGCGGUGGAUAUUGCGCGAUGCUGAAAGAUCAUUUCAUCGAUCUGAAGAGACUGGCGCAUUCGGGGCAUUUUGGGGACACUCUGGAUAAGGAUCACUCAGUCAAGGAUGAACACGAUCUGCAUUUACAGGAUACAGUGUCGGAGCACAUGCAGAUGCUCUACGAGAAAUACAACAGAGCAGGUUUUCAAUUCAUGGACGGAAACACGGUUCGCAGUUUUAAAGCUCACUGGGGUACAAUCAAUGGUAAGCAGCUGCAGAUCUUUAAUCUGACAUCCCUGACCAAGUCAGAAGACGUGCUCUCGGCUACUCUGCACUAUUACAUAGGAGACCUGCAGAACGGCACCCACGGAUGUGCAAGCCCUAAGACCUGCCAUCGUCAUGGCCCGCGAAAACAGGGCCACAUUCAUCUGGACGUGUGGAGUUUCGCCUCAGUAGAUAACAACACGAGGACUCUGGGACACUUUCUCAUCAACGUCUCCACGCUCCACCGGGACUUCAUAUCCUGGCAGUGGAGGGAUAUCACGCGGGUCGUCAACCGGGCCAAGCACCACGACGAGCUUCUGAUCGGCAUCGCCGUGUCAUCGCGGGGGCGGCGGCCCUGGAAGCAGCUCCUCUCCGACCGCUCCCCGUACGUCCUGGUGUACGCCAACGACUCGGCCAUCUCCGAGCCCGAGAGCGUGGUCUCCACCCUGCGCCGCCACAAGGGGGCGCUGGCCCCCGGGCUCCACAGGCUGGGGGCGCGCGCGGCUAACGGCACGGCGCAGCAGCAGCAGCGGCGGCGGGCGAGGCGCUCCGCCAACGUCCUCCUCCCCCUGCAGAACAACGAGCUGCCCGGGCCGGAGUACCCGUACGAGACGCCGGGUUGGGACGAGCCCGGCCCCUACGACCCGCUGGAGGACAAGCCGGCCAAGCGCCCCAGGAAGAAGCCGCGCAAGAACCAGCGCCACAAGGUGCCGCUGCUGCAGUUCGACGAGCAGACUAUAAAGAAAGCGCGCAAGAAACAGUGGAACGAGCCGCGGAAUUGUGCCCGCAGGUACCUGAAGGUGGACUUUGCGGACAUCGGCUGGAGCGACUGGAUUAUUUCCCCCAAGUCCUUCGACGCCUACUAUUGUUCAGGCUCUUGUCCGUUUCCUAUGCCAAAGUCCCUGAACCCCUCGAACCACGCCACCAUCCAGAGCAUCGUGCGGGCCGUGGGCGUGGUGCCGGGGAUCCCCGAGCCCUGCUGCGUCCCCGAAAAGAUGUCCUCCCUCAGCAUCCUCUUCUUCGACGAGCACAGCAACGUGGUCCUCAAGGUCUACCCCAACAUGACCGUGGACUCCUGCGCUUGCAGAUAAUGCAGGGACACAGCCUGGUGCCCUCCCCUCGAGAGCCCCUUUUGCACUGGAAGACAGACUACAAUUCCCAUAGCUAUCUGACUACAAUUCCCAUAGCUAUCUAACUAUUCAAAGAGUAUGUGAACAAGACAGCCAAGACUGUGUACUGUUUUUGGAGCCAGAAGGUCGACCAUUCUCCCUGAUAGAACAGUGCAGUGGGCUGUCUUUAUCGAUCAGUCACGCAUACAGGAUGGAUGGUCAGUCCACUAACAUCACCUGCUCAUUGUCAUUGACACAACGCAAAGCAAUUUCACAAGAACAUGCAAGACAUACUAUUGGUGUUUUGUUUCCUUUUUUUGUAAUAACGGAGGCAUAAACUGAAUCGGUUAUAAAAGAAAAUUUGAAAUGUCUUCUCUUAUCUAUAUUGCUGGAGAAAAGAAAUCAGUUGGAGGCAACUGUGCCGAGAGCUUAAAGCGAGUCCUCUGUUGUAGCCUCUUCCUCUCCUGCAAGAAACAUGUCUGACUCUGCUCAAGCCCCUGGAAUUCCAUUGACGUAUCUUUAGCCAAAUGGCAAACUCUGCCGCCUCGUUUUGCUGACACUUAUGCAUGAAAAUUCACCUGGUGUGAACUUUUUCUGCGUUCCUCCUCCUUUGUCAUCUUGCAACUUUACUUUUGCGUACUGUUACAUUGCAGUAAUGUACGAUUCUCUCUUAUCAAAUAGUUUUGUAUGUGCUA